CCGGCUGCUGCCGCCGCCCCACGCGGCGCCGGGGCUGGCGGCGCCCCCGGCGGGCUCCCCGUGCACUCCGUGCCCCUCUUGUCAUGUUUGUGGUUUGGGACGAGGCGGCGAGUCCGUGCACCAAGAAAAGCCGCGCGCCCUCCAGCCCCGCCGCAGACCCCGGACAGCGCGGGCCCCGAGCACCGGCUCCCGCUCCCCACGCCGCUUUGCUCGCCGCUCUUUGGAGCCAGGGAGACGGGUCCAGAGCUGCCAGACCCUCGGCGAGGCGAGGCGAGGAGCAGGCACAGGCCGGAGCCCCCCAACCGAAAGCCCGCCAAGCGCCGCCCGCCAAGCGCCGCCAGGGGCAGAGCGCGCACCCCUCCGCUGCCUCUGCCGUCGCAGCAGCCCGAGGCCAGGCGAGCGAGCGCCGAUCGGCCGUCCAGCAAAGCGGCGGGCUGCGCUCACCGGUUCCCUCUCCUCCUUCCCAACAGGUGGCUCCGCGUCGCCAUGGGCAGAGGGGCCGUGCAGAUGCUGCUGCUCUUGGGGCUGCUGCACUGGGGCCCCGGCGGGGAGGGCAGGAAAAGCUGGAGGCGGCGUGGGCAGCAGCAGCAGCAGCAACAACAACAACCAGCAGCGGCUCGGGAGCGGAGCGAGGCGGCUGGGCAGCCGGUGGAGAGCUUCCCAUUGGACUUUACCGCUGUGGAGGGCAACAUGGACAGUUUCAUGGCUCAGAUCAAGAGCCUGGCGCAGUCGCUGUACCCUUGCUCGGCGCAGAAUCUGCACCAGGAGCUGAGGCUGCACAUGCUGCUCAACAGCUCGGUCACCUGCAACGACGGCAGCCCCGCCGGCUACUACCUCAAAGAAUCGAAAGGCAGUAGAAGGUGGCUGCUUUUCCUGGAAGGAGGCUGGUACUGCUUCAACAGAGAGAACUGCAACACCCGGUAUGAAACAAUGAGGAGACUUAUGAGCUCCAAGGAGUGGCCCACUACCAGAACUGGAACUGGUAUUCUGUCAUCGCAACCAGAGGAAAAUCCACACUGGUGGAAUGCAAACAUGGUUUUCAUCCCCUAUUGCUCAAGCGAUGUCUGGAGCGGAGCCUCUGCCAGGAUUGAGAAAAAUGAAUUUGUCUUCAUGGGUGCCCUUAUCAUUCAGGAGGUUGUAAAAGAGUUGGUGGGAAAAGGUCUUGGGAAUGCCAAAGUCCUCCUACUAGCAGGAAGCAGUGCUGGUGGAACGGGGGUGCUCCUGAAUGUAGAUCGAGUAGCUGAGCAGCUGGAAGAGAUGGGGUAUCCUGGGAUUCAGGUCCGUGGCCUUGCAGACUCUGGAUGGUUCUUGGACAAUAAACAGUAUCGUAGAACAGACUGCAUUGAUACUAUAACCUGCGCCCCUACAGAAGCCAUCAGGAGAGGAAUUAGGUAUUGGAACGGACUUGUUCCUGAACGCUGCAAAAUGCAGUUUAAAGAGGGAGAGGAAUGGAAUUGUUUCUUUGGCUAUAAAAUUUAUCCCACACUGCGAUGUCCUGUGUUUAUAGUACAGUGGCUCUUCGAUGAAGCCCAGCUCACCGUGGACAAUGUACAUUUGACUGGCCAGCCAGUGCAGGAGGGGCAGUGGCUAUACAUCCAGAACCUGGGUCGUGAACUUAGGAACACCCUUAAAGAUGUGACUGCCAGCUUUGCUCCCGCUUGUUUGUCUCAUGAGAUCAUCACACGCAAUCACUGGACAGACAUCCAAGUGAAAGGGACCUCUUUACCCCGCGCCCUGCACUGCUGGGAUCGCAGCCUCCACGACAGCAACAAGAAUGGGAAAGCUCCGCUGAAAGGCUGCCCUGUCCAUCUGAUUGACAGCUGUCCCUGGCCACACUGCAACCCCUCAUGCCCUACCAUCCGGGACCAGUACACAGGACAAGAGAUGAACGUGAUCCAGUUUCUCAUGCAUAUGGGGUUUGAUGUGCAGAAGAUGGCGCAGCAGCAGGGUCUGGAGCCCAGUAAACUGCUGGGGAUGCUGAGUAGUGGUAGCUAGGAGAGUUUUCCACUAAGGAGGACUGCAUGACUGCGUAUUGAGCAGGAGCCUUUUAGCUCCCCUCUCAAACUUCCUGCCCUCCUUGCUCACUUUCAUAACAUAAGCAUCUACACAGACACAUACAGGCACAAGUCAUGCACGCACACUCUGGCACAGUUAGUAUUAUCAGGAUAAAAUGAACACCAGUUGAUCGAAAUGUUACCUCUACUUCAGGGGACAGUCUCAGCUAAGCGUCACCUCUGUCUGCAAUAAUUCACUAACGGUCUGCAGGGAGCGCAUAGAAAAUCACGAACCCUCUCCAGAGUUAAAAGGACUGUAUACUUUUUGCCUUUUCCAAGAACUUUUCACACCAUGAGACUGACAACAAAAGGUGCUUUGGGGGAAAAAAAAAGAAAAGCACUGGAUUAUUUGUCCAAUUAGAAAUGAUGAAGGUAUAGCUGAUUAUAUGACUUCCUGGAGGCCAGCAUCUCACGAUGUAACAUAAUAAUGUACAAACCGAGCACACAGGCUAGAAAAGGACUUAUCUUGUACUCAAUUUACUUUUGUAUUAUUUUAUAAAAUGAUUUUUAUUAAUUUUUAAAGAAAUAAGCAAGAAAUAUAAGAUUAAUGAUAUUGUUUUGUAACAUAUUUUUUUAAAUAAUGAAGAAAAAAACACCUUGUGCUAUUUUCGGGCAAUGUGAAAAUAUUUAUUUUAAUAUGUAAAUGCUAUUUAUAAGGGCUGACCCAAGAUAUGCUCACAUGUUGUUGUAAAGUUGUAAAUACUUCUCCUUUGGAAAGGUUUUCCUUCUGAUCACAUAUGUGUGAGAAAGGGCAAGGGUCAGCAGUGGCAUUAUUAUUAUUAUUAUUAUUAUUAUUAUUAUUCAAAUUGUUUAUUAGAUCCCCAUGACUCUUUUGAAGUAUGUUUCUUGCUGUUUGUGAAAGGGGGAAAGAUUAUCAACCACAGCCUCAGUAAAGAGCUUUUAUCCUUCCUGCUCA